AUGUCAGGCUUAUUGGCUACAAUAGUCCUGUCAGUGAUGAUAGAUCGAUCUCAAUAUAGCGUGGCACGACCAUUCUCGAGAGCAAGCGCAGCAAGGCGCAAAGGCCUUCUCUGCGUGCUCGCCACACUGCCUGUUUUCUGCGUGUCCUGGCAGCUCAGUUAUGCGGUGGGCCAAGCGCAGACCCCACAAGACCAGAAUCUUCACCAUUUGCGGGCUAAUAGGAGUUUGAUUCAUUAUUUGGACAACAUAAACCUCCUCAUUGAACCAUCAUCAGUCUGCCAGAAAAAGGUCCCGGUCCUCGUUCUAGUGACCAGCACGCCCUCCCACUAUCGUCACCGUGACGUCAUCAGAAAUACUUGGGGGAAGCACCAGGAAACGUAUUUCUUCCUUGGUCUUACCCAGGAUGAUGAUCGAAUAGCAAACGCCUACAUCGAAGCUAAACAGCACAGCGACUUGAUAGUCCAUGAGCUCCAAGACCACUAUCAGAACCUGACACUGAAGGUGGCGCUGAUGCUGCAGUGGGCCCUCCACCGCUGUCCGCAGGCCGAGUUCGUGUUCAAGACUGACGAUGAUGUGAUGCUCAACCCUAGGACUUUGGAAACGGUGCUGGAAGAUAAUAAGGGUGCGGCGUUGUUUGGGUACAAGCACGAGAACAAAGUACCGUACAGAGACGAGUACACCAAGUGGUACAUGCCUCGGUGGCUGUACAAUGAAGACUUGAUACCAGAAUAUCUAUCCGGGCCAGGAUAUAUUAUUAAUGGUAAAAACCUAAAAGAGAUCUUCACCGCCGCCCUCCACAUCCCUCUCAUCAACAUAGAAGACAUCUACUUCACGUACCUCGUCGCCAAGAGAGCCCUAGGCCUCCCCCUCACCCACGACCGAAGACUGAGCCCAUACAAGCCUUGGAUAUUCACUUGUCCAUACAAAAACUACGCUUCCAUACAUAGUCUUAGUCCUGAGGAGAUGGAUAUAGUAUGGUCAAAGAUUCAAAGUUCAGGGGAAAGUCAAUUUUGUAGUUAUUUCACUAGUGGGUUAUUACUGUAUUAGUAGUCUUUUGAGCCCUACGGCUCUUAUCCACGAUCGAAGACUGAGCACAUACAAGCCUUGGAUAUUCACAUGUCCAUACAAAAAUUUAGCUUCCUUAAGGCCCAAUUCGAACAAUUAUAAGAUGU